UUUAGUAUAAAUGCACCGUCCCGUCCGCUGUACAGAUCAUACUGAAUCCAACAGUGUUCUAGAACAGUCACAGCUAGUUCUCAACGUUGUGUUUUAUUUUUCAACAGUGCUUUAUCACUACUCACCGUUCAAUUCAAAAAUGGCGUUCAUACAGUGCACACUCGCUGCUCUCCUGUUGCACGUAACUUGCGGAAGCUACUUGGCUCACCGCGCUGCCGCUUACCACGGCGCUGCACCCGCUGCGAUCGGUUACCAUCACGGCGGCGCACCUGCCGGCUACCUUCACCACGGUUAUGAAGAGGCCCCAUCCUACGACUACGCUGCGUAUCCAGCUUACUCGUCAGCCAGCACCUACCAAGCCGACUACCCCAGCUACUCCUCAAAACCCGUCGACUACUACUCGCCGCCUAAGUACUCGUUCAACUACGGCGUGAAGGACUACCACACCGGCGAUGUCAAGGACCAAUGGGAAGAGAGGGACGGUGACGUUGUCAAGGGUGAAUACAGCUUGGUCGAACCAGACGGUACCACACGCAAAGUCACUUACACCGCUGACGACCACAACGGUUUCAACGCUGUCGUACACAAGUCCGGCACUGCCCAUCACCCGACCCACGUCGCCCACGCACCAACCUACCACCACGCUUACCGCCGUUAAGACCAAUUAAUACACGAAUUUACCAAACAUUAAACCGUCGUUACCACACGUUAUAUUAUUAAGUAUUAAUUUUUUAGGUAUACGUUUCGUUUAUAAGCGAACAACGUUAAUAUAUAGUAUAUUAUAUAUAUAGCAUAUAAUAGUAGAGUUUUUACCAAUACCAAAUCAAAAAAAUAUAAAUAACACCAAUGUCAAUUCUUCCGUUUCGUACGGUAUAAUAUGAGUACGAAAAUCUUAGUAUAUUCUAUUAUUUCACGCUAUAUAUACUAUAUCGAGUCUCUUUGCGUUAACUUUACAAAACUAUUCCAAUUCCUUCUGUCUCCACUCGUUGCUUUUCGCUGAAAUAUACCCGAUUCUUAUAUUAUUAUUACAAUUUUUUUACACGCAAGAAAUCGAGUGAACUAUAUUAAUAUAUUAUACGUCCCUUAUUGCUUCAUCAAUGAUCUCUUUUCGAUAUAAUUAUUACACGAUAACCGAAUAUCCCGACGUGCCUACUGUAGGUCGUAUACACCUAAUAUACAUUAUUUCGUAAUUAUUAUAAUAUACGUUUAGAAUGAGGAAAUUAUUUUUACUUUAAAAUUAUUUUUCAUUUGUUUUUUUUACACGGUGUUUUUUAUUUAAUGUCUACUAUUUUAUUAUGUAUUCAAAUUUAUUAUUAUUAAUUUUUACACGCUUUCAAGAAUUGUAUACCAAAUCCUGGGUAUAAUAUUUCUCGAUUGUUAAAAAUGUUGUAGAAAACAUACUUGAAAUAUUUUUGUAUACUUUUUACUUGACCAUUUAUUGUACUCUGUUUUGUAUAUACAUUUUAUAAUUGCUCAUAAUAUAUCUAAAACAUAUAUA